AAUUCAUUUUGUUUUCUUUUCUUUCCUCUUUUAUUGGAAAUACCUUAUUUUUAAUAGCAUUUACAACCGGAAACGCUUGCUCACGAGAUCGAAGUCACACAAUGCUAUAUUCACCAAUGGGGGUAAAUACAAGACGCGACUGACAUACCUGAAUAUAUACAGCUGAUUAUUCAAUACCACCGAAGCAACAGCUUGUAUCUGGCAAGGAGAAAAAGCCUUGAAAAUACUUUACAAGUCAAAUGUCUAAACAAAGAAGACAAGGUCUCCCUAUGAGCAACGUAUUUUCAAGAUAUUUGAAAGAAAGUCAGACUGUGUCAUGCUGUUAGUUAUUUGCCUAGUUCUUCUCCAGAGUCAAACAAGCUGGGUCUCGGGGUCGACUUGUGCGUCACCAGAAUCUAUAGAUCAAUCUCCAUUUUCUCCUACUCUAGAAAUCAAUACCUUGGAAUUCCCGAAUGAACAUGUCCAACCAACUGGCUACAACGUUACAAUUGUUUGUACCAGUAAUUUUUCCAAAGAGGACUUGGGGACGCAUCAAUAUGGCCAGCCAUUUUGGAUACAGCAGUUUUUCAACGAUGAAUUAAUAGGAGACUGUGGCGGUGGCGAUGGUGAUAUUGAUAGCGAAGAUUCAAAAGUGUGUACGUAUGUCAUCCAAAACGCUACAGAGAGAGAUUCCGGAAAUUAUAGAUGCAUAUCACGUAAUCAAAUAGGUUGUACAGACGCUGAAGUUUACUUGGAAUUUCGAGAACCAUCACCGCCACGUUUCAAAAUGGACCUUCCACUUCAGUUAAACGCCUCUGUUGGACAUAAGGCCUAUGUGACUUGCAAUGUCUCAGGUAUUCCUCGACCAGUCAUCACGUGGUUUAAGAAUGGCUCUCACAUGACACGUUCGUUGGUGAGGGAAAUCAAGGGUUAUUCAAUGUUAUUUUUUGACUUCGUCCAACGAAAUGACCAGGGAACGUACUGGUGCGAGGCAAACAACACUGAAGGGUGGAACAGAUCCUCUACUAUGAAUUUGGCAGUUUUUUGGAGACCUACCUUCUCAAUCCACCCGAAGAGCGCUCGGGAAUUCAUUGAUGAUGGCAUUGCCACGGUUACACUGUUUUGUGAAGCUAAUGGUUCCCCACGUCCUGUAAUUGGUUGGUUAAAAAACAACACGCCCGUCACCAGUGGCACCGUGUCUCAGAAUGAAAGUAUUUCCUCGCUCGUCAUUGUUUUUAAUGAAACUACAGAAAAUCGGACAACAUAUCGCUGCAUUGCAAGAAAUUCACUGGGAAGCACCCUCUCCGAGGAAGCAACAUUAACUGUUGCUAGAAGAGAAGCGAGAGGGUUCAUGGGUCUAGCUUUUUACAUUCAUCCUAAAAGUAUAACAGCGUCACUUGGUGAGACCGUGGCGUUUAGCUGCGCUGCUCGGGGUUACUUCCACCUUAAUAUAACGUGGUUAAAAGACGACAUGCCGCUCACAAACACCAGUGCGAGGAUGAUUCACGAAAACACGCAAGAAAGUUCUGAGCUUCAGAUAAUCUCUGUAAGUGAAAUGGACAUCGGAAAGUACUCUUGCCUGGCAACUACUGGAAGCCUCCAGGCUCCAUCCGGGAAAGCAGAGCUUACGUUGAAAGAUGGCACGCCCACCUCAGCUAAUCUGUCUGAAAUUACCUGGUCCUCUGUUGGCGUCGGCUUGCUUCUUAUUCUCAUUGCGGCCCUGGUUAUUUUUAAGUGGCAUAGAGGAAAGAAAAGGAAAAGCAACUACCAGGUUCAUAACGAAAUCAUCAGUAACCAGCAAGAAUUUAUCCAGCUAGAAAUAAAAGAUCUAGUGAGCAACGAAACAAUCAAUCAGCUAAGAAACAGCCGAUCAACUGUACGUCAAAGCACUAUAGACGGAGCACAUUCCACCAUAGAAGAAAACCAGGUCGUCGAUCAUGAAAUGUAUUUACACACCAUGGCACGUGACAGAAAUUGGGAAGUUCCUCGGGAGAGGUUGGUUAUAACAGAAGAGACGCUUGGCGGAGGAGAAUUUGGAAUUGUAAAUAAAGGAAUAUACUUAAGAAAAGAUGGAAGUGAACUCCCUGUCGCGGUGAAAGGACUUAAAGAUGCGGCAGACCAACAGCAGCGACUUGCACUAAUCAGAGAGCUAGAGACACUCAUUCACGUCGGCCGCCAUCCAAACAUCGUGAGCUUGGUGGGAGCUUGCACAUUCGAAGAACCCUUGUGCGUCAUCAUUGAGUUUGUUUCUGGUGGAAGUCUUGAUAAAUUACUUCGAAGUAGUCGUGUUCAGAAUGACAAUCACGAUACAUCUUACACCAAUAUAUGGUCAAGACUGACAGAGAGGGAACUGUUAAAGAUGGCGUCAGACGUUGCGAAUGGUAUGAGGCACUUGGAAAGUAAACAGUGUAUUCAUAGAGACCUGGCUUGUAGAAAUGUUUUGGUGGGAAGUGGCCUGGUUGCCAAGGUGGCUGAUUUUGGAAUGGCGCGUGAUAUAUCUUCUGAUGGAAAGUACCUCAAAACAAGCGAGGGACGAAUUCCAUGGCUCUGGAUGUCAAUGGAGGCCUUGAGAGGAACUUGCACAAUCAAAGGAGAUGUGUGGUCAUUUGGAGUUGUUCUUUGGGAGAUAGUCACUCUUGGUAAACUGCCAUACAAGGAUGUGAAUAGCGUGAUUGAACUUCAUGAAUGGCUGCUGGAUGGUGUUAGAUUGCAGAAACCACCUCAUUGUUCUGAUGAGCUUUAUAACAUCAUGUUACGAUGUUGGGAGAGGUCUCCUGAUGAUCGACCAUCCUUUGAUGAACUUUAUGUACAUCUUCAGGGCAUCCUACACGAGGAAACGAGAAUGUACAUCAAUGUGAGGAACAUCGAGGAACAAAAGAUGGAGGGUUAUCGCAAGACAGACAUUUCGUUAUAAAUGACACACUUACUACUUGCUGGGGAUAUUGCCAAUGACAUAACACUCCGCAAAAGAUUGGCUGGGAAUUCCAAACUCUUCACUUCAACUCCAAAAAGGAGAACCGUUUGUUCGAUCCCUAUUGAAAGUCAUUCCAUCUUCAUCAUGUUGCAAUGAAAAGAUAAUUGACAUCUCUAAAAGUAUUUGCUCAAUAAUAAUCAAAUUAUAUAUGGUGUGAAGCGUGUAAACUUAUUUACUCUAGUGAUAACCAAUCAAGUGGCAAUCAUGACGUCAUAGAGUACAAAAUGACAUCAAACUCCAGGAUGUUCGCAGUCUUAAAUCCGUCAUCCUGGAUUUCAAUUUCUUUCUUUUUUUCAAACAAGUCAAACAAGCUUCAAAAUUGAUUUUGAAACUUAGAAAAAUAUAGGAAUACAUGAAAUUUAAAAAAAGAUUAGGAAAUACAAACUAAACCGUAAAAAGCAACAAAUUUGGCUAAAACACCCUUUGAAAACACGCCGGGUUGUUAUAAAAAACGUCGAGUCACGAGUCGAAAUUAAACAAUUGAUACACCCAAAUGUUUCUGAUAAUUCUCAGGAAAAGUCACAAAGUUUUACCACUUAAGUUUAAAGGCAGUUUUUGUAAAAAGAGAAAAAGGAUUGAUGUCACAAAGUGCAGGGAAAUGGUGUGAAUUUCCUAUCAUUUUACGCUAAUCCCCAUAAUGGCCGCUUGCUUGUUUGUUGUUGAUUUUUCUGUCAAAGUUUUUUUUUUUUUUGUCGUUUGUUUGU